ACGUCAGAGGAUCUGAACGCGUUUACGCGGGAAAUCUGGACCAGAACCAGGACCAGAACCAGAACCAGGACCAGGACCAGAACCAGAACCAGGACCAGAACCAGACCCCAGACCAGAACCAGAACAGAACAUGAAGAUCUACUUCUGCGGCUCCAUCCGCGGCGGCAGGGACGACGUGCACGUGUACCGGAGGAUCGUGCACGCGCUGCAGAAAUACGGAACCGUCCUGACGGAACACGUGGGGGACGAGAGGCUGGACCUGCAGGGAGAGUCCGGCCCGGCGGGGGUGGGGGGGGACCAGGACCAGGACCAGGACCAGGACCGGUUCAUCCACGACCGGGACGUGGACUGGCUGCAGCAGAGUGACGCGGUGGUUGCCGAGGUAACGCAGCCCUCCCUGGGCGUCGGCUACGAGCUGGGCCGCGCCGUCGCCAUGGAGACCAGAGUGCUGUGUCUGUUCAGACCCUCGCCGGGCCGCGUUCUGUCCGCCAUGAUCCGAGGAGCCGCCGGAGAAAAGUUCCUGGUGAAAAACUACAGGGAGGACGAGCUGGACCAGGUCCUGGACCAGGUCCUGGAGGACUUCCUCAGACCCCCCCCCAGCUGAGACCAGGACCAGGUCCUGGAGGACUUCCUCAGACCCCCCCCCAGCUGAGACCCGGUCCUGGACCAGGUCCUGAUCCUGAACCAGGUCCAGGUCUUGGACCACCACCGGGGACCUGUAUCUGUUUCCAUGGUGUAUCAGACCUCUAACCCUAAAUGUAAAGUCCGUUGUAAAUAAAAUGUAUUAAAAAAAUCAUAAAAAUGUAUCAUUAUUAGUGCCAUGGCUGCAGCAAGAGGCUCCUCCUCCAAAGCUCUGCAUUGGAGGAGGAGUGGCAAAGCCAGAGGCAAUCCUGUUAUUGUGUGGAUUUAUUAAACUUAUGCAUUUUCUGGACAAACUUUGGCGCGCAACUAGUCCUGCAGCUUUGAGAAAACGCGAAAAGUAAAAACUUAGAAACGUGCGCCUUAAGCGGGAAUCGUGUGCUAUGACUUUUAUUAGCAAUUGGCGUGCACGUUUUUGCGCAACGUGCAAAAACGUGCGCUUUUAGCGCCAUCCGGAAUGCAUUGGGAGAACUUUGGGGCCUCACCACUUGCACACCAUUACUCGAAAAAUUAUGAACCAAAUUAGAAAGUUGUAGGGCCUGAAUUUAACUACAGUCCUGUGGAUUUUCAGAGCGAUGGCACAAAUAGUUUUUGCAUGAAGUGCAAAAACAUUUCCAAAUUUCCAAACUAAUGGGGAGAUUUUCCCAUGUAAGUGAAUGGGGCAGAAUGUAACACUGUGGGUGGAAGGAGGUUCGAAAAAACCCCAAAUUCACCUUUUUUCUGAGUCACGUAUCUUUCUCAUACUUGCACGUAGAAAUGUCAUUCAAACUUCAAAACGGAGGAAAUCACCUUUUUGUCAAAUCUAGAGUGAAGUUCUAAUUUUUUAGAGUGAGAGAAACAUUCAAAAAAUGACCAUAAUUUUUAUUUGUAACUCGAGCUCACGGCCGAACCGUAAAAGCUGGACAAAUAAUUUCUGGUCAAAAUCUAGACAUAGGUGUUGGGAUUCAUAAAAUGUGACUUUCACAGGCGGGGUAUGCACAAAAUUCAAACGGGGGGGCUAACAGCCACGCCAAUUCCUGCCUCGGCCUCCAUUGACUGUAAUGUAAUAAAAAGUUUUCUUCAAAAAAAUCUCACUAUGUUUUCGUACUGCCGUUACUAACACAUUUUAAGGAAUAUCUGAAUAAAAUUUAGAU